AUGGUGCUCAAGAAGACAAAUGGGCAUAAUGUUAACAUGGAGGAGUUGAAAGCUGAGCUCCGGCAAAUAAAAAAAGCUCUCGGCUGUCAGGAUAAGAAGGUCAGAGAGCUCACGACCCGGCUGGAGACUGAGACUGAAGACAAGAUGUUUCUAUCACACCAGAAUAAGUAUCUUUCAGCCGAGAUUAAGAAGAUGCAGACCCGGCGUCUGGGGAAGAAAAGAGAGUUGGAUAACCUGAGAGACGCCAAUGAGCAGCUUCCUCGGGCACAGAAACCGUUGACUGCUGCUCAAACGACUGAAGCUCAGACUGUGUGCACCGCUCAGCAUCAGUGUCAGGGAAUGCAGGAUGAAAACGAGAUGCAGCUUGAGUCCACAGAUGACAAAAUUCAAACCCUGGAGAAGCUGAUACAGUCAUUAGAGGCCACGCUGCAGGAGAAGACUCAGCAGCUGGCUCAGUGUCUGGAGGAAGCAGAGCAGCAGAGCCAUGACUUUAAAGAGAUCAUGAAGCAUGCAGAGGAAGACGAGGUGAAGAAGAUCCACGAGAUCAAACUCAUGACUGAGAAGAAGCUGCAAACAGAAAAAGAGACAAACAUAAAACUGAAGGCGGAAAUGACCAUCAUGACUCAAAGGUUCUCAAAUUUUCAGAAGCAUUUUGAUGAAAAGGGCACUGAGAUGUACACGUUGAAGCAGGAGAAGCAGCAGCUGCUGGGUUUGACCCGCUCACAGCAGAGUGAGAUCGAGGACCUGAAGGAACAGAACGAAAAGACCAGCCAAGAAAAGGAUGGCACCAUCUUAGGCUUGAAGCAGAAGAACCAAGAACUGGAGGGUUUGAGGUUUAUUCAUGAUUUAAAGUUUAGCGAGUUGAAGAAGCAGUUCGAGCCUCAACAAGACGAGAUCAAGGAGAAAAGGGAGAGUAUCGGACAGCUGCAGGAGAAGCUGAGGCAAACGGGCAACAACUACAAUACUCUGACACUGAUCACGUCCGACCUGAGGCUCAAACUAAAAGCAGAAGGGACAGAGCUGCACAAUGAGAUUCAGAAAAUGAAAAAUCUGGAGACACACCUUCAGCGGCUCAAGUCAGACCUCCAUAACUGUGUUAACUUCAUCCAAGAGCCGAAGAAACUGAAGGACAGCGUGCUGAUGAUCUACGCCCGCUACGUAUCGCAGACUGAAAGGCAGGAGAUAAGCAACGUAGACAGAGAUGCUCAGAGGGCGGUAUAUCGCCAGCGUGAUUGCCUUGAGAGGACCAUCAACAGUCUCAGGAUGAGGCUGGCUAAAUCUGCUGAGGAACAUCAGAAAAUCUACACCAGGAUCAACAAGGACAACGUUUCUAUGAUUAAAGAAAUCAACGAGCUGCACAUAGAGUUGUGUUUGUUGAGGACUCAGGUUAAAGAUGGCAAAGCUCAGCUGGCCCUGAACAAGAAAUCCAACUACUUAAGGUCCCAAGUCAGAGGCAGGACCCAAAAAUGA